GCCUCAGUGGCUGAUCUUGUUCUCACUGUACACGCUUUACUACAGCUUGCAAUGUGACACUAAAAUAUAGACUCACUCUCGCCCGCUCUCCCUCACACACACACCUCACACACACACACACGCACCCAUACAGACACUCGCACAUACGCAGACACACGCAUGCACGCACACACGGACCCACGCGGACGACUGCCUAAUCCGGAGUGGAGUUCUCUAACGGAUCUAUCGCUCGAUCUCUCUUUGAAAGAACGUACAAGACGAAGCGACGAGAAAGGAACUAAAUCUGGUCCAAAAAGGAACUCGCGCUCGCUCUCUGCUAGGAGCAUCCCCGUCUCCUCUUGCAUCAUGUUUGGGGCUCCCAUGCCAUUGGAUUUUGUAGUGCUUUUCUGCUUGGCAUCUGCAAUUGCAGCUGUGGAAGAAACCCUAAUGGAUACUCGGACAGCCACAGCUGAACUUGGAUGGACAGCAAACCCACCUUCAGGGUGGGAAGAAGUCAGUGGCUAUGAUGAGAACCUCAACACGAUCCGUACUUACCAGGUGUGCAACGUCUUUGAGCCCAACCAGAACAACUGGCUUCUCACCACAUUCAUAAAUCGACGGGGCGCACACCGCAUUUACACAGAGAUGCGAUUCACUGUGCGGGACUGUAGCAGCCUUCCCAAUGUCCCUGGUUCCUGUAAGGAAACCUUCAACCUGUAUUACUAUGAGACAGACUCUGUCAUCGCUACCAAGAAAUCAGCCUUCUGGACAGAGGCCCCCUACCUCAAGGUGGACACCAUUGCUGCAGAUGAGAGCUUCUCUCAGGUGGACUUUGGUGGCAGGUUGAUGAAGGUGAACACAGAGGUGAGGAGCUUCGGGCCCCUCAAUCGCAAUGGCUUUUACCUUGCCUUUCAGGAUUAUGGGGCCUGCAUGUCGCUGCUGUCGGUAAGGGUCUUCUUUAAGAAAUGCCCUAGUGUAGUGCAGAAUUUUGCCAUCUUCCCAGAGACUAUGACAGGAGCAGAAAGCACCUCUCUAGUGAUUGCACGAGGCACAUGCAUUCCCAAUGCCGAGGAGGUGGAUGUGCCCAUUAAACUGUACUGCAACGGUGACGGGGAGUGGAUGGUUCCCAUUGGCCGCUGUACCUGCAAGGCUGGAUAUGAGCCCGAGAACAAUGUGGCCUGCAAAGCUUGCCCAGCAGGGAUGUUCAAGGCCAACCAGGGUGCUGGGAUCUGCACACAGUGCCCCUCCAACAGCCGCUCCACAUCAGAAGCUGCACCCAUCUGCACUUGUCGCAAUGGUUACUACAGGGCUGACUUUGAUCCAUCAGAGGUUCCUUGUACUAGUGUUCCUUCAGGGCCUCGCAACGUGAUCUCUAUUGUCAAUGAGACAUCAAUUAUACUUGAAUGGCAUCCACCUCGGGAAACGGGAGGGCGUGACGAUGUGACCUACAACAUUGUCUGCAAGAAGUGUCGGUCAGACCGCCGUAGCUGCUCCCGGUGUGAUGACAAUGUGGAGUUUGUACCAAGGCAGCUGGGCCUCACAGAAACACGGGUCUUCAUCAGCAAUCUGUGGGCCCAUACACCAUAUACUUUUGAGAUCCAGGCUGUCAAUGGAGUUUCCAACAAAAGCCCAUUCCCACCACAGCAUGUCUCGGUGAACAUCACCACCAACCAAGCCGCUCCCUCCACAGUUCCCAUCAUGCACCAGGUAAGUGCCACCAUGAGGAGCAUCACACUGUCGUGGCCUCAGCCAGAACAGCCCAAUGGCAUCAUCCUGGACUAUGAGAUCCGUUACUAUGAGAAGGUGAGCCGGAUCUGCAUCCCCGAGAUUAGCAGCACUAUGGGCUCAAGACCAUCCACCGACCACAAUGAGUACAACUCCUCCAUGGCCAAGAGCCAGACCAACACCGCACGAAUUGAUGGGCUGCGGCCAGGGAUGGUAUACGUGGUACAGGUUCGGGCUCGGACAGUGGCUGGCUAUGGGAAAUACAGUGGGAAAAUGUGCUUCCAAACCCUGACGGAUGAUGACUACAAGUCAGAACUGAGAGAACAACUGCCAUUGAUUGCCGGGUCUGCAGCAGCAGGGGUCGUCUUUAUUGUCUCCUUAGUGGCUAUUUCAAUUGUUUGCAGCAGGAAGCGAGCAUACAGCAAAGAGGCAGUGUACAGUGAUAAGCUACAGCACUACAGCACUGGUCGAGGCUCCCCAGGAAUGAAGAUCUACAUUGACCCUUUUACGUAUGAGGACCCCAAUGAAGCUGUUCGUGAGUUUGCCAAGGAAAUUGAUGUGUCUUUCGUGAAGAUUGAAGAAGUCAUUGGAGCAGGGGAGUUUGGUGAAGUCUACAAAGGACGCCUGAAACUGCCUGGCAAGAGAGAAAUCUACGUAGCUAUUAAGACAUUAAAAGCUGGUUACUCUGAGAAGCAGCGGCGGGAUUUCCUGAGUGAAGCCAGCAUCAUGGGUCAGUUUGAUCAUCCAAACAUUAUUCGGCUGGAGGGGGUAGUCACCAAAAGCCGACCAGUGAUGAUUAUCACAGAAUUUAUGGAAAAUGGAGCCCUGGAUUCCUUCCUGCGACAAAAUGAUGGGCAGUUUACAGUCAUCCAGUUGGUGGGGAUGCUACGAGGGAUUGCAGCUGGUAUGAAGUACCUUGCAGAAAUGAAUUAUGUCCAUCGGGAUCUUGCAGCCAGAAAUAUCCUGGUCAACAGCAACCUGGUCUGCAAAGUAUCUGACUUUGGCCUCUCACGUUACUUGCAAGAUGACACUUCAGACCCAACUUAUACCAGCUCUUUGGGCGGGAAGAUCCCAGUGAGGUGGACAGCGCCAGAAGCCAUUGCCUACCGCAAAUUUACCUCUGCCAGCGAUGUAUGGAGUUAUGGCAUUGUCAUGUGGGAAGUGAUGUCGUUUGGGGAAAGGCCUUAUUGGGACAUGUCCAAUCAAGAUGUAAUUAAUGCAAUUGAGCAAGACUACCGGCUCCCUCCUCCCAUGGACUGCCCAGCUGCCCUCCAUCAGCUUAUGCUAGAUUGCUGGCAGAAAGACCGCAACACCCGGCCACGCUUUGCUGAAAUAGUUAACACCCUAGAUAAAAUGAUUCGUAAUCCAGCAAGCCUCAAAACUGUGGCUACCAUCACCGCUGUGCCUUCUCAGCCUCUGUUGGACCGCUCCAUUCCCGAUUUCACUGCCUUUACCUCAGUAGAAGAUUGGCUCAGUGCCAUCAAAAUGAACCAGUACAGAGACAGUUUUCUUACUGCUGGAUUCACAUCCCUUCAAUUAGUUGCGCAAAUGACAUCUGAAGAUCUUCUAAGAAUAGGGGUGACCUUAGCUGGACACCAGAAGAAGAUCCUGAACAGUGUCCAGUCUAUGAGAGUACAGAUGAGCCAGUCACCAACUUCGAUGGCAUGACGCUUCGUGUCUUCCUACAACAAUGGGAAAAAAGAGGGGAGGACAGAGGAGGGUUGGAUGUGGGAGGGGAGGGUAAGCUGACAAGACAGUGAAAUGUUUGCAGAGGUUGAGUUGUCUGAGAACUUUUAUGGGCUGCAGACGAAGAGUACACAGGACUUGUUUCUAAGUGGCAACUUCCGUUUUUCACCAACAGAAGCAUACUUACUGAUGCCAUGGGAAACAGCUUAUAAAUAAGUAUAAAUAUGUACAAAUCAUAUAUUUAAAAAAACAGUGAAGACGAACCAAUGUGUGUUGGGAGGAAAAGAGACUCAAAUCCCACCACCAGUGAGCAGUAGUCAAGGGGCCAGUGGGGAGAAGAGAGGUACAAUCCAGAGCAACCAUCUUCAACAAUCACGUUCCUUUUCUUCUCUUAAGUUCUCCUGCCAGAGCCCUUCUCUCCCACCCACCUAUUUCCCUCUUUUGCUCAUAACCCUUGGGAAAUUUUCUUCAACAGUCUUUACAGCUACCUACUAGAAUACCAAGACAUUGUUCCACCAGUGACCAAAGGACUUCACUGACCACUGCAUGGGGGAUCCAGACCAAUCCAGUUAAUGUCUUCAUAUUGAAGAAGAGAUGUACCUUCAAUAGAAAACCUUGUGUUUUUUUCUUUUGCUUGCAUUUUUUUGCAAAAAGGAAAAAAAUCCUCAUGGAAAAAAGGGUGUUCCCACGAGUGUGUGCGUGUGUAUCUGUAUGUUGUCAACUUAACUGUGGAGUCACUCACUGCUUGUCCGUAGCAGGAAAAACAACAAAGUGGAACCGACGGAUGAUAAAUCCAUCACCUUUGAGGGAAAUAGGAGAUUCAAUGGUAUGUUUUGCUUUCUGUCUAGAUCAACUGUACAAGGAGUGUGUAAUGGAAAAUGAAAAAAGAAAGCAAAUGAAUUCAUAGGAGGAGGAAGGCAGAAGAGUGGACUAUGCAACAAGGCUUUCAUGUAAAACUGUUAUAGGAUGUACAACUAUAGAGGCAACCAGACAGUAGAAUCUAGCAUACCAGUGACCAGAAGAGGAUGACUCGGGGAUCUUUAGUUUCAUUGUUUGGACCUAAGGAUUUUGAUAUAUAUUGACUUUGGUUUUGUGGCAUCAGAG